UUGCGACGGUCUAUACAGGACCUUGUUUUUAGCAUUGAUCCGAAUGUCAAGGUCGAGCCUGACGUUGAAGAUCUAUUGCUAGACAUUGCAGACGAGUUCAUCGACUCUGUGACCAACUUUGGCUGCCGACUAGCAAAACACCGAGGAGGAGACUCUUUGGAGGUCCGGGAUCUUCAACUUCAUCUUGGUGAGCCUUCGCCCAGCACCUUCCAAAUUAUUGCUAACAAAGCGAACGAAUAUCAGAACGAAACCACAACAUCCGUAUCCCAGGCUUCGCUUCAGACGAAACUCGACUAUCGAUCUCACAGUCUGUCAUAG